AUGAGCCCAAACAAAAAGCCCAAUGCUCCAGUCAUCAUUUUCAGGAGCUCUGUUUUUCUUCUCCUUUAUUUAUGUGCCAGUCGUCAUUCAAAUUAUCUUAUCUUAUCUCAUCGUCAUCAGUACCAGACUAGAUUUUUCAGAAUUCCAAUGGCGAAGCCUAUCAUCGAUACGGAGUACCUCAAAGAAAUCGAAAAAGCUCGCCGUGAACUCCGCGCUCUUAUAUCCAACAAAAACUGCGCCCCUAUCAUGCUUCGCUUAGCGUGGCAUGAUGCGGGGACUUAUGAUGUGAACACGAAGACCGGAGGUCCCAAUGGUUCGAUUCGCAACGAGGAGGAGUAUACUCAUGGCGCUAACAGUGGAUUGAAAAUCGCUCUCGAUUUUUGCGAACAAGUAAAGUCUAAAUGUCCGAAGAUCACAUAUGCAGACCUAUACCAGCUUGCUGGUGUUGUUGCUGUUGAGGUAACUGGGGGCCCCACAAUUAAUUUUGUUCCUGGUAGAAAGGAUUCAAGUGCUUCUCCUAAGGAAGGGCGACUUCCAGACGCUAAAAAAGGGGUGCCACAUCUGAGGGAGGUAUUUUAUCGGAUGGGUUUAUCUGACAAGGACAUUGUGGCACUAUCAGGUGGCCAUACCCUGGGAAGGGCACAUCCUGAGAGAUCAGGCUUCGACGGCCCUUGGACUAAAGAGCCCUUGAAAUUUGACAAUUCAUACUUUGUGGAACUACUUAAGGGGGAAAGUGAAGGGUUGCUUAAACUACCUACUGAUACAGCUUUGCUGGAGGAUCCUGAGUUUCGACGUUAUGUUGAGCAGUAUGCUAAGGACGAAGAUGCCUUCUUUAAAGAUUAUGCAGAAUCACAUAAGAAACUUUCGGAACUUGGAUUUACUCCUUCCUCCGGUUCAAAACCAAUUGUAAAAGAUGGUACUGUACUGGCACAAAGUGCUGUUGGAGUUGCUGUGGCUGCUGCUGUGGUGAUCCUGAGCUACUUAUAUGAAGUCAGGAAAAAGAAGAAAUAA